CUAUAUCAAAAAUUAUAUUGACUUUGUUGUUAAACCAAGCAAACAAGCAAAAAGAAAACAAAAGGAAAAAAUUCACUUGCUCCAAUGGAUUACUGUGUCGAUGUGAGCUGUGACAUGAAAGUGAACAGAAGCUGCGCGCUUUGCCGACAAAAAGUGACGGAACUGAUGCAUUGUCUCGUCGCGGUAUACUCUGUAGAUUUCACGGGAGCAGACAACUCAAUGAAGCUAAAGGCAAGAGGAAACCCUAACGCGAUAAUGUUUAUCAUGGACAAGUAUGGAGAACACGGCAAGAUCACCAAUCUCCGUUUGGAAGGCGAUCUUAUCACCUCUCGCUCCGGAGGCGGUUUCAACAGUCAAUCAGGCGGCUAUUACCUUCCUUCUAACGCCGCCGCUAAUUAUCCAUACAUGACUUCUUCUCCGUACCCGUAUCCGUAUCCGCCUCCUCCGCCGCAGAGUUAUUUCGCCGGGAACUGUGCUUACCCGAUGUCGAAUCAGCCGCCGCCGCAGCAGAAGACGGAGGCUCCACGGGGGAUAUAUAAACAGCAUACAGCGCCGCCGGAUUUUACUCAUCCGCCGCCACCGCCACGACCGUUAUAUAAUUACGCUUACAUAGAGCCGCCGUAUUGGCCGACGAGUUCGUCGGAUGGAGGUAAGUGCGUGAUUAUGUGAUUUGAGGAAGAACAGUUUUGUGGUUUCUUCUUCUUAAUUUGCCUCUAAUCCGCGUUUUGGUUGUAUUCCCGAUCGCUGUUUUUUUUACUUGCGAUUGCG